AUACAACGUUUUCGGGAAGUGGCUCCACUCGCAGACAAUCCCCGUGCCUGAUUCCCUCCGAAGUAAUGUUCAGCUGAACCAAGCGCUGGUCACCUUCCAAAGAGCGGCUCUCAGUGCACGUACAAUUGGAUCAUAUUCAACAGGAGUACGCGCAUGGUUACGUUUCACAGCUUUGUCAGAAAUCCCAGGGCAGUCAACUUCGCAUCCCCGUAUCUCAGAAGACAUCCUGAUAUAUUUUGUGACGCAUUGCGCUACGAACUUGCAUCUUAAAUACACCACUAUUAAGGUAUAUCUGGCAGGCAUACGGAAUUACUACAUAUUAGGUGGCUACCCUAAUCCACUGCUUACUCUACAAGGUCAGUCACCUCUUCGACGAGGAAUUCUAUGUCUCCAAGGAAAUGAAACCCGACCACGUUUGCCUAUAACGGUAGAUAUACUCCAACGUUUGUGCAACCUACUCCGUCAGGGGGUAUUUGGUCCUUAUUUCGGCUUGCGGCUUUUCCCAACAGGCACGCCUUUUUGUCCAGUUACAACGCUGCAGCAAUUUUUAUCCGUGCGGCAUAAGAUGUUUCCCCUUGCAACCGAACCACUGUUUCUGCUUCCGGAACUAACACCCCUUAAUCGUCGUAUCUUCACAGAGUCUCUCCGUAUAUUGCUCGCAAGGAUUGGACUACAACCGCAUUUGUUUGCAGGACACUCCUUCCGCAUCGGAGCAGCUACCACUGCAGCAAGUGCUCACAUUCCUGAUCACCUCAUCCAAACAUUUGGCAGAUGGUCCAGCAACUGUUAUCGUACCUACACCAGAACACCAGAGAGCCUCCUACAACAUGCCUUUCAUAAAAUGGCAACAUUGUAA